UGCAGCUUGUCUCGGUGGGACUGGUUAACGUCAAGAGAUGUCAACUCCCCCUCUCGCUGGGGCAGGCAUGCCGCCUGGUGCGUUCUCAGGGACACAGGCUCAGGCGGCUAGGGAGGUAAAUACAGCUUCUCUCUGUCGAAUUGGCCAAGAGACUGUGCAGGACAUUGUAUUUCGAACCAUGGAAAUCUUCCAAUUACUGAGGAACAUGCAGUUACCAAAUGGUGUUACUUAUCAUACUGGAACAUAUCAAGACAGACUGGGAAAGCUGCAGGAACAUCUCCGUCAGCUAUCAAUACUCUUCAGAAAACUAAGACUAGUCUAUGACAAAUGCAAUGAAAACUGUGCUGGGCUCGAUCCUGUUCCUAUAGAACAACUUAUUCCAUAUGUUGAGGAAGAUGGCUCCAAGCACGAUGAUCGUGGUGCUGCAAGUCAGCUUCGUUUUGCUAGUGAAGAGAGAAGGGAGAUCAUGGAAGUAAAUAAGAAACUGAAACAGAAGAAUCAGCAGCUGAAGCAGAUCAUGGAUCAGUUACGGAAUCUUAUUUGGGACAUAAAUGCCAUGUUGGCAAUGCGGAACUGAACAAGGAAAAUCAAACUUUGUAAUUGGAAAAGAUACAAAUUUGUUUGGAUAUACUUAAUUUCUUUCUAAGAAGUAACAUGUUUUCCCACAACCAUAUUGCAGUAAUGUUUGAAAAGUCUUCAAGAUUAAAGUAUUUG